AUGACCGACGCCAGCUUCCUUUCAGACGACUUUCAGAGCGAGGCCGGCAUUAUCUCGUCAGCAGCGCUGCCAGACGACGCCAAGCGCGCGCAGCUCUCGCAGCGGUUCUCGCGGGCGGCCAGCAACGGCGACAUAACCCAGGUGCAGCGCCUGUGGGAGUCCUGUGAGGGAGUAAAGUGGAUAGACAUUGACUACCGUGACGAGGAAGGCAGCACACCGCUCAUCUGCGCAUCGGCGUUUGGUCACGCUAGCAUAGCCGAGAUGCUGCUCGAGUAUGGCGCCGACGUGGAUGCCCAGGACAACUCGGUGGUGUCGACAGAUGACCGCAGCGGCAUGUCGGGAAACACAAGCCGCGUGGCCAACGAUGGGCUGGGUCUGGCAAUAACGACAUCCGACAGCGAGGCCGCAGCGGCCAAUGAGCUUGGCGACCGCCUGCGCACGCUUACGAUGGAUAGCAAGGCCGAGUACCAGGAGAAGCUCAAGAGCAACGGCGACAGCGGGUUUUCGGAGGACGGUGAUGGGAACAACGACGGCCCGGCAAAGUUCGACUGGGACACGCUGCAGCUCGACCAAAUGUACGUGAUUUCCGAGGAGACCAUCCCGAAGCUGCUGCAUGCGAUAGUGCGUGAGAUCAAGCCCGAGCGCUGGAUCCAGGACGGUGUUACCGGCGAGCACAAGUUUGUGCCGGCCAGCGUGAUCUUCUUGUCGACGCGGUUCGCCCAUCACCUGCAGACCGAAGAGUUCUUGCAGUCGUUCCUGUCGGACGCGAUUGCAGCCAUUAUCCACGCUGUGCAGUCGCACAAGAGCAGUCCGGUGGAUCUGGCGUUCUGGAUCUCCAACAUCCAGGCCCUGAUAUACUACUUUAAGCGCGACAAGGCUUUGGUUCAGAUCACCAGCGAGGCCCAGGGCCGUCUGUCCGAGUGCAUGCAGGACGCCUACGCGCUGCUGACCAAGGCUGUGCAGGCUGACAUUGAGCCAUUGCUGGAUACCGCCAUGCUGGCAUACGAUGCAAUGCCGGAUCUGUUUGCGGAUGUCAAAUUCGAGGCCGACAAGUCGCAGCGGCUCACCAUCCGCGAUGCCCGCGACCUGUUUGGGAGCCCAUCGCCGCGCACCAUCACAUAUAUCCUGGACUGUCUGCUGGAUUUGCUGCAGAUGUGCGAGGUGCAUUCAUUUGUAUCCUACAGCAUUGUGCGGCAGCUGCUGUGCUACCUGGGCUACGAGAUGUUCAACCGCGUGCUGACCACUCGCGAGUUUUGCUCGCGGUCGCGCGCCAUGCAGAUCCGCAUGAAUGCUACCAGCAUCAGCGACUGGUCUGCCAGCGACAGCGCCGCGACCCUAUACGACCAGUACUUUGCGCCCCUGGUCGAGCUCGUGCAGCUCCUGCAGUGUCUGACCACCUUGCCUGACCUGGCCGAGUUCCUCGAGACCACAUCGGGCAUGUCGAGUCUCAACAUCCUGCAACAGGAGACAGUACUGACAAAUUACCGCUACGAGGUGGGCGAGCCGCGUGUCGCCCAGGAUAUUACGCAGUACCUGCACUCUACAGCCACCGAUGUCAAGGAGCGCCAGCGCAUUAACCGCGAGAAGAUCAGUAUC